UAUGGCGACUUGUUCGCUACUGCUUCUGUCUGACCCGGAGUGUUGGAAGCGCACUGUGUAAGUCAGCUAUUGGAUAUUGCAGUUGAUCGCUUUGGGUUCACACUGAGAAGAGGAUGGAGCCAACGUCGCUUCAUGGCCUGCGGAUACUCGCCUCUCUGAACGAACAGCGGGUGCAGGGGACAUUCUGUGACGCAAUGCUGUCCGCUCCGGAUGGUCACAUCUUCAAGGCUCAUCGCAGUGUCCUGGCCUGCUGCAGUGAGCUGUUUAGCGAGACUUACCGAACAACUCCAUUUGUUGAGGUCAAUCUGUCAGAAGGCUGUCCUUCCGAGGGCGUGAGCCUGCUGUUGGACUUCAUUUAUACAGGGCAACUGCCAUUGAGUGUAGAAAACGUAGACAAGGUACAGAUUGCAGCCAUCAAGCUCUCUGUCCCGGAAGCACUGAGCCUUUGCCAAGAGUUUAGAAGUGGAGCCACAACAGGUGAAUGCAAGGAUGAAGCCUGGGAAACUGACUUGGAAAAAAACAAACCUCAGUCGAGAACUAAAGCUACAUCAGGGCGAAAAAGUGUGACUCUUACAGCGGCCACUGCUGUUGGUGUUACCACAACCAGGUCAGGCAGGAAGGUGAAAGGACCAUCUCAUCUGUUAUGGGACAGUUUGCCCACACCCAAGCUUCCUGCAAUAAUCAGAAGCUGUCAGACACAACUAUUGGAUGUUAGCACAGUAGUGGAACCCAGUGGGAAAGAUGAGAACCAGAUUCUGGAAGAACAGAGCUGCAGCAUUAAUGAGGUAGAGGUAGAAUUUCAAGAAGCAACUAAAAAUGAAGAGGAGGAAAGUAUAGCAGCUGAGGAUAUUGAAGAAGAGUACAUCCCUGAACAGUCCCCUGGUAGAACCCACACUCUUACACAUAUCAAACAGAAGAGGCGGAUCCAGACAGUUAACAAAGAGAAUGGAGAGGGGGAACCAGGCCAGGAGUCCAAGAGACGCCCAGUCCAGUGCCCCACCUGCCAUAAGACAUUUCUCAGCAAAUACUACCUCAAAGUGCAUAACAGGCGCCACACUGGGGAGAAGCCUUUUGAGUGUGGAAAAUGUGGGAAAUGUUACUAUCGAAAGGAGAAUCUCCUUGAGCAUGAAGCACGCAACUGCAUCAACCGGGCCCAGGUGGUCCACACAUGCCCAGAGUGCCCAUUGAUAUUUCAGCGCCGUUUGGAGCUGCGAAUGCAUAUGGUCACUCACACUGGAGAAAUGCCAUACAAGUGCACGUCCUGCACAGAGCAGUUCAUGCAGAAGAAGGACUUAAAGAGCCAUCUUAUUAAAGUUCAUGGAGCGCCAAAACCACAUGCGUGCUCACUGUGUCCCAAGUGCUUCCUGUCACGCACGGAGCUGCGCCUACAUGAGGCCUCAAAACAUCGUGGGGAGAAGCUGUUUGUUUGCGAGGAGUGUGGCCAUCGGGCAUCCAGCAGAAAUGGCUUGCAUAUGCAUAUCAAAGCCAUUCACAGGAAUGAACGACCCUUUGUAUGUGAGUUUUGUAAUCAUGCCUUCACACAGAAAGCUAACUUGAACAUGCACCUUCGCACACACACUGGAGAGAAGCCCUUCCAAUGUCAUCUCUGUGGCAAAACGUUUCGGACGCAAGCCAGUCUGGAUAAGCAUCACCGUACGCACACAGGUGAGCGGCCUUUCCACUGUGAAUUCUGUGAGCAGCGCUUUACUGAGAAGGGUCCACUGCUCAGGCAUAUCGCCAGCAAGCACCAAGAAGGACGGCCCCACUCUUGCCACAUCUGUAAUAAGACAUUCAAAGCUAUUGAGCAACUUAGAGUCCACGUGCGGCGUCACAGAGGCAUGCGGAAGUUUGAGUGCACAGAAUGCGGCUACCGCUUCACACGGCAGGCUCACCUCAGAAGACACAUGCAGAUCCAUAAUCGUGUGGAGAACUAUAAUCCUCGUCAGCGACGCCUGCGAAACUUAGUAGUUGAAGAAAAGGCAGAGCCGUCAAGUGAGGACCAGCCAGCACCCCCUCCUGGAGACAUAAUUUGUGUCAUGUUGCAGCCAGGCACAAUUGUUGUAGAAGAGGUAAUUUCUACAAACGAGAAUGCUGCAGAACAAGCUGCUAGCUUCAGUGAUGUGAUGGAACAUACGCUAAUGGUGACCAGUAGCUACCCAGUACCUGCCUCUUCUAUAAGCACAGAGUCCCUGGAUGGGCAGGAUGAGCAGAAAACUUAAUUGGUGUAACGAAUCGAUGCGUGCCAAGCAGUGGAGUGUGGGUAUUUGUACUUCAUGGGGUGCAAGAGAAUAUGUCUCUAUCACAGCUGCUAAAAAUCAGAAACAUGGGCCCUUCCGAGCAGCUGCCUUACUGGGAUGGCUGCAGGCUGUACUGACUUCUGUGUGUGAAACUGCAAGAGUAACAUCCUUGGAUCUGUAAAGAAAAGUCGCAUGACCCGGUACCACUCUGAUAUUCAGUACUGUCCCCUAUUAUGAUAUCCUCUCCUGUUUUAGGAUGAUAGAGAGCCUGGGGUAGAAAAGGCAGAUUUGUUUGAUAAACAAUGGCCAGGUAUCCAUUUGGUUAAGAGUACUGGGAUGAAAGCUGGACUUUGUUGAUAUCUGUAGUCAUACAGACCAUUUUUCUAACUGCACUCUGGUGAUAAUAAAUGCAUAUGAGAGCAUGGUAAAGUUUAUUAUUUUCAUAUAUGGCUUUAAAUAUCAUGCGGAGGUGUUUUUUAAUAAACUGUAUUUGCAAGUACAGCUACCCACA